AUGCCCUCAUGCCCUCAUGCCCUCACGCCCUCAUGCCCUCAUGCCCUCAUGCCCUCAUCCCCUCAUGCCCUCAUGCCCUCAUGCCCUCAUGCCCUCACGCCCUCAUGCCCUCAUGCCCUCAUGCCCUCAUGCCCUCAUGCCCUCAUGCCCUCAUGCCCUCAUGCCCUCAUGCCCUCACACCCUCAUGCCCUCAUGCCCUCAUGCCCUCAUGCACUCAUGCCCUCAUGCCCUCAUGCCCUCAUGCACUCAUGCUGUCAUGCCCUCACGCCCUCAUGCCCUCAUGCCCUCACGCCCUCAUGCCCUUAUGCCCUCAUGCCCUCAUGCCCUCAUGCCCUCAUCCCCUCAUGCCCUCAUGCCCUCACGCCCUCAUGCCCUCAUGCCCUCAUGCCCUCAUGCCCUCAUGCCCUCACGCCCUCAUGCCCUCACGCCCUCAUGCCCUCAUGCCCUCAUGCCCUCAUGUCCUCACGCCCUCAUGCCCUCAUGUCCUCAUGCUCUCAUGCCCUCCUGCCCUCAUGUACUAAUGCACUCAUGCACUCAUGCCCUCAUGCCCUCAUGCACUCAUGCCCUCACGCCCUCAUGCCCUCAUGCCCUCACGCCCUCAUGCCCUCACGCCCUCAUGCCCUCACGCCCUCAUGCCCUCAUGCCCUCACGCCCUCAUGCCCUCAUGCCCUCAUGCCCUCAUGCCCUCACGCCCUCAUGCCCUCAUGCCCUCAUGCCCUCAUCCCCUCAUGCCCUCAUGCACUCAUGCCCUCAUGCCCUCACGCCCUCAUGCCCUCAUGCCCUCAUGCCGUCAUGCCCUCACGCCCUCAUGCCCUCAUGCCCUCAUGUCCUCAUGCCCUCCUGCGCUCAUGUUCUAAUGCACUCAUGCACUCAUGCCCUCAUGCCCUCAUGCACUCAUGCCCUCAUGCCCUCACGCCCUCAUGCCCUCAUGCCCUCAUGCCCUCACGCCCUCAUGCCCUCAUGCCCUCAUGCCCUCAUGCCUCCACGCCCUCAUGCCCUCAUGCCCUCACGCCCUCAUGCCCUCAUGCCCUCAUGCCCUCAUCCCCUCAUGCCCUCAUGCCCUCAUGCCCUCAUGCCCUCACGCCCUCAUGCCCUCAUGCCCUCAUGCCCUCAUUCCCUCAUGCCCUCAUGCCCUCAUGCCCUCAUGCCCUUAUGCCCUCACACCCUCAUGCCCUCAUGCCCUCAUGCCCUCAUGCACUCAUGCCCUCAUGCCCUCAUGCCCUCAUGCACUCAUGCUGUCAUGCCCUCACGCCCUCAUGCCCUCAUGCCCUCACGCCCUCAUGCCCUUAUGCCCUCAUGCCCUCAUGCCCUCAUGCCCUCAUCCCCUCAUGCCCUCAUGCCCUCACGCCCUCAUGCCCUCAUGCCCUCAUGCCCUCAUGCCCUCAUGCCCUCACGCCCUCAUGCCCUCACGCCCUCAUGCCCUCAUGCCCUCAUGCCCUCAUGUCCUCACGCCCUCAUGCCCUCAUGUCCUCAUGCUCUCAUGCCCUCCUGCCCUCAUGUACUAAUGCACUCAUGCACUCAUGCCCUCAUGCCCUCAUGCACUCAUGCCCUCACGCCCUCAUGCCCUCAUGCCCUCACGCCCUCAUGCCCUCACGCCCUCAUGCCCUCACGCCCUCAUGCCCUCAUGCCCUCACGCCCUCAUGCCCUCAUGCCCUCAUGCCCUCAUGCCGUCACGCCCUCAUGACCUCAUGCCCUCAUGCCCUCAUCCCCUCAUGCCCUCAUGCACUCAUGCCCUCAUGCCCUCACGCCCUCAUGCCCUCAUGCCCUCAUGCCGUCAUGCCCUCACGCCCUCAUGCCCUCAUGCCCUCAUGUCCUCAUGCCCUCCUGCGCUCAUGUUCUAAUGCACUCAUGCACUCAUGCCCUCAUGCCCUCAUGCACUCAUGCCCUCACGCCAUCAUGCCCUCACUCCCUCAUGCCCUCAUGCCCUCAUGCCCUCACGCCCUCAUGCCCUCAUGCCCUCAUCCCCUCAUGCCCUCAUGCCCUCAUGCCCUCAUGCCCUCAUGCCCUCAUGCCCUCAUGCCCUCACGCCCUUAUGCCCUCAUGCCCUCAUGCCCUCAUGCCCUCAUGCCUUCAUGCCCUCACGCCCUCAUGCCCUCAUGCCCUCAUGCCCUCAUUCACUCAUGCUCUCAUGCCCUCACGCCCUCAUGCCCUCAUGCCCUCACGCCCUCAUGCCCUCAUGCCCUCAUGCCCUUAUGCCCUCAUGCCCUCAUGCCCUCAUGCCCUCAUGCCCUUAUGCCCUCAUGCCCUCAUGCCCUCCUGCCCUCAUGUACUAAUGCACUCAUGCACUCAUGCCCUCAUGCCCUCAUGCACUCAUGCCCUCACGCCCUCAUGCCCUCAUGCCCUCAUGUCCUCAUGCCCUCAUGCCCUCACGCCCUCAUGCCCUCAUGCCCUCAUGCCCUCAUGCCCUCAUGCCCUCACGCCCUCAUGCCCUCAUGCCCUCAUGCCCUCACGCCCUCAUGCCCUCAUGCCCUCAUGCCCUCAUUCCCUCAUGCCCUCAUCCCCUCAUGCCCUCAUGCCCUCAUGCCCUCAUGCCCUCACGCCCUCAUGCCCUCAUGCCCUCAUGCCCUCAUGCCGUCAUGCCCUCAUGCCCUCAUCCCCUCAUGCCCUCAUGCCCUCAUGCCCUCAUGCCCUCAUGCCCUCAUGCCCUCAUGCCCUCACGCCCUCAUGCCCUCAUGCCCUCAUGCCCUCAUGCCCUCACGCCCUCAUGCCCUCAUGCCCUCAUGCCCUCAUCCCCUCAUGCCCUCAUGCCCUCAUGCCCUCAUGCCCUCACGCCCUCAUGCCCUCAUGCCCUCAUGCCCUCACGCCCUCAUGCCCUCAUGCCCUCAUGCCCUCACGCCCUCAUGCCCUCACGCCCUCAUGCCCUCAUGCCUGUUGUGUGAUGCAAUCAUAUGCAUUCACGUCUGUCUGCCUCCCAUCAUAUGUUCUUGCGUUGCAUGUGUGGUGUGA